AUGUAUUUAUUCAUAACAGCAGUCUUCAUUCUCACUGUCUUUGGGAAUCUGGCCAUAAUAAUUUCCAUCUUGUAUUUCAAGCAGCUCCAUUCUCCAACCAAUUUCCUCAUUUUAUCCAUGGCUGUAACAGAUUUUCUGCUGGGCUUUGCUAUUAUGCCCUACAGCAUGAUAAGGUCUGUAGAAAAGUGCUGGGUUUUUGGGAUUACAUUCUGCAAGGUGCAUUACAGUUUUGACUUGAUGCUCAGUUUAGCUUCCAUUUUCCAUCUUUGUUCCAUUGCCAUGGAUUGGUUUUGUGCAAUCUGCCACCCUCUGCAUUACUGCAGCACCAUGACUGUAGCAGCCAUAAAACAAAUUGUGGCUGUGUGCUGGUCAGUGCCUGCUGCCUUUGCUUUUGGUGUUUUCUCAAAAGCUUUUCCUUCUGGGAUUGAGGGCUAUGAAAUGCUGAUUAAAUGCUUGGGCUUGUGCCCAAUUGUGUUCAACAAACCAGGGUGGGGGGCUUUUUUAUUGACAGUCAGUUUAUUUGGUCCUGCUUGAAUUAUGACACGGAUUUUUGUUAAAACUUUUACAGUCCCCCAAAUGCACACAAAACAAAACCAAAACCAAAAACCUAACAAAACAGAACAUGAGCUUUCUAAGUAUAAAGACAAGAAAGCUGUUAAGACUUUGAGUAUUUUUAUGCUGGGUUUCUUAAUAUGUUGGUUUCCGUGUUUUUGCAGUCCAUUUUUAAAUUUUUCCAUUCCUUUACCUCUGUUUGAUUCUCUAAACUGGCUUGGGUAUCCAAAUUCUUUCUGA